CCUCUUUAUUAAAAUUAUUAUUAUUAUCAUUAUGAUUAUUAUUAUCCACUGUUUUAUUGUUCCUUUCUUCACCUCUUUUAUCUUCCUUUCUUAAUUUACUUCCUUGUUCCUUGUUCCUUGUUCCUUUUUCCUUCCACUCCCUUCUCAAUGGAUUGCCAAAUCUGAAGAGGAUCCACAUUAAAUGUCUUGGAAUCAGAGUUUCAUAUGUUGAUUGUUCAUCUCUCAGCUCUCCUGAAGAAUUAGCGAAUAGUAAUUCACCAUGAACUGGAAUCAGCAAAUGGAAGUUCAUUAUACGAAUGCUGCUACACCUUAUAAUUCAAUUGGAAGUUUUAUGGAUUUCUUUGGAGGUGUUACAUAUGACCAUGUAAAUUAUAUAUUUGCUGAUCCUCCUUAUGCUCAGGAGAGUUUAUAUCUAUCCAUCAGCACCAAUCCAUACAAAUUUGGGUAUUCUGAAGCAGGUAGUUUCUCGUAUUACGAUUAUGGUCAUGAAUAUGUGGUGAAUGAUCAUGUAUCUGGAAUCGAGCAUGAUAGACAUUUAGAGAACCAUUCAACUGCCACCGUUAACCAGAAUGUAGCUGCAAAUGUGCCUAGAGAGGAAAUUUCAGGCUCCAAUUCACUCACUAAUUCUGUGGAAUGUCCUAGGGGUCAAAUUAAUACGCGUAACAGUGAGGUAUAUACCAAGGUUGUUUGGCAAGAUAAUAUUGACCCUGACAACAUGACCUAUGAGGAAUUACUUGAGUUGGGAGAGGCUGUUGGAACUCAAAGCAGAGGGCUUUCCCAAGAUCAAAUCUCCUUGCUUCCAAUCACAAAAUUUAAGUGUGGCUUAUUCUCAAGAAAGAAAUCAAGAAAGGAAAGGUGUGUGAUAUGCCAGAUGGAGUACAAACGUAAUGAUCGGCAGAUCAUGCUUCCCUGCAAACAUAUCUAUCAUGCUGGUUGUGGCAGUAGAUGGCUAAGUAUCAACAAAGCUUGCCCAAUUUGCUACUCAGAAGUGGUGAUUGAUACAUUGAAGGGGUGAAGCAAAUUUCAAGCAUCACAGGGACUGGCAUCACAUCUUUCUUCUUGGAAGGUAUUCUUGUGGUGGAGUUUUGAACUCUUCAACUAAUCUGGAGGUGCUUGAGUUGUAAAUCGUUGAUGGGUUGUAUUUUGGAGGGGACAAGUCAAGAGAUAUACUGCUGGAUCGAUGUAGAUUAUGUUGUAGUGAGCUUGAAUCUCCUUGAGAGGACGAGAUAUCCGCGUCCCAGUCAAUAAGAAGAUUGUUUUAUUUUUGUUCAUUUUAUUAUUUCAACUGUAAUUUAUUGUAAUUAUGGUAUAUAUUAUAUCAAUAAUUUUAGGAAAAUUUACAUUUUGUUACAGUUUGAAAAAUCGUGAAUAUCAAGAUGAGAGAUCUCAAUAUCUCAACAUUAGUAGUUUCUUUAAGAGAUGGAAGGAAAGUGAGGAAGAGUAAAGUAUUUUUCUGAUUGCUCAAUUCAAAUUAAGGAAAGGUAAAAAAGAGCUUUUCUACUUUUUGCAGAAGAAAGGUAAAA